AUGGAGAAGCUACUGUUGGUGUGGUUGAUGGAGAAGCAGCUUGCAAGUGAUACUGUAACAGAGGGUAUCAUCUGUGAGAAGCAAGUGUUCAACUGUGAUGAGACAGGGCUCUUCUGGAAGAAAAUGCCAAGGACUUACAUAAGAGCAAAGGAGAAGAAGAAGCCAGGCCACAAAUCCAUGAAGGAUAGGUUAACCCUCACACUGUGUGCCAAUGUUAUAUGGAGGGCAAACCCAAAGGCAUGGGUCACCAGAGAGUUCUUUGUGGUGUGGGUGAACUUGAUCUUUGGUUCUGCCAUAAAGAAGUAUCUCCAGAAAAGUAACCUACCCCUGCAAGCCUUUAUCAUCCUUCACAAUGCACCUGCUCACCCACCAAACCUCAAAGACAACAGCCUCAAAAAGUUUAAGUUUAAAAAGGUUGUCUACCUUCCAGCCAACACCACACCUAUCCUGCACCCCAUGGACCAGCAGGUGAUACCUAAUUUCAAGAAGCUCUUCACCAAGCACCUCUUCCGCUGCUGCUUUGAAAUGACUGAGAACAUAAACCUCACCCUUCGAGAAUUCUGGAAGGACCACUAUAAUAUUGUGAUUUGCCUCAGAAUUAACAAUAUGGCCUGGCAGGAUGUUACAAAAAGGACCUUGACAUCUGCGUGGAAGAAGCUGUGGCCUGAGGUUGUGUCCAAAAGGGACUUUGAUAGAUUCAAUCCCGAAGUGGCAGUAGUGGAGAUUGUGUCUCUUGGAAAGUCCAUGGGCCUGGAGUUGGAUGAAGGAGAUAUGAACAAGCUCAUUGAGGAGCAUCCUGAGGAACUGAUGAUGGAGGAGUUUAAUGAGCUACAGAAGCAGCAGCAUACAUAG